UCUAAGAAGUAUGGGGUUUCCGUCAGUGAUGCUUCUCAUGUGUCUGGUUGUUGGGCUCACCACCUGCCGGGCAGAAGGCAAGGACAAUCAGAUUCAGGUCACUGAGACCACAGGGGGAGAGCAGGAGAAUCAUCUGACAGAGACGGCCGCAGAGGACACAGAAACCCUCGAUCAAGAUCUUCAGACAGAACCGGUUGAGGCAUCCAACACAGGAUCCCCAGAGAAAGGCUGUGACCCAAACAUCUACAUGGUCCUGAAGGAGCUGGGAGCUCUGCAAGAGAGGCAGGAAGCCACUGUGAGGGCCCUGGAGGAAACCAACAGGAAGCUGGAAGCCAGCGAGAAGAAGGUCGACGUCCUUAACAGCACGCUGACAGAGAUGAGGAGGACUUAUCAAGAGCAACACCAGGUUGCAUUUUCUGCAGCGCUGCCAAAAGACGGAACCAUCGGUCCCGUGAAUGUUCUGUACCCUCUGGUAUACAAACACAUUCUGUCCAACAUCGGAGGCCAUUACAGCCCAGUGACAGGAUACUUUACGGCACCACUGAGAGGGCUUUAUUACUUUUCUUUUUCCUCAUUAUGUUGGGCGGGUGAUGGAACCUCUGGCGGAAGUCUUUACCGAAACGAAAACAAAGUUGUGUCAUGGUACGGUUACAGUAAGACUGACCCCAUCUCUGGCUCUAACAGCGCCAUCUUGCUGCUGCAAGCAGGAGACAUGGUCAACAUCCGACUCUGGGAUGGGAGGAAAAUAAGUGAUAAUGGAAACAGGUACUCCACAUUCAGUGGAUUCUUACUGUCACCAAUGUAAACAUAAAGAAAACAGAAAUGGCUUUUUGUGUGGAAAUUGUAAAUAUUUUUUCUUUCUAGUGUAAUAUGUCUUUAUACAUUUUUAGCCAGCAAUACACCUUUGUAAUACAUGUAUUAUUAUCCAAUUGAAUAGACGUUCAUCAAAAUAAAGUUUGAAGCUGAAUUUCUCAUUAAUUGUCCAGUUUCUAAUUUAAUGUGUGUCAUCUUAGAGAAAUGAAACAAGAUAGUACAACUUUUAAUUACACAAAGGUCUCUAUAUUCCAUAUCAACGUUCUCUAUAAAUAAAGGACAUUUGCAAGACAACUGUUGUUUUUCCUGUCACUUUAAACAGUGUGUGUUUUGUGAUGAGCCAACUCACCUGCAAAUACAUUGAGGUUUGAAUGUUUGUUUUAUUAGUACAGAAAAGUGAGAAUUUAACUGUACAUUACAGUGAUAAACAGUUAAUAAAAUUCUGUAUAUAAAUUAUUGCUUUUGGGUCAAUGUAGUUAAAUACAGACUUGGUUCAAAAUCAUUAAAGUUCCAGUGCCAGACGUACAUGACCCUAAUCAUGAUUUAACUGGUAAUCAGACAAACAUUUGUAUUUGCUUUGAUUGUGUUACACUGACUUUGUUGUGAAACUAAAAUUGCCCAUUUCACAUUGCCCAACAAAAACGAUCUACAAACACACACAUUAUACAUAUAUAUAUAUAUGUAUAAUGUGUGUGUCUUCAAUUAAAGACAGUGUAGACACAUACUGUGUUGCUUAAACUUUUGCUGUUUACUAACUGUUCUUGUAAUUGCAGUUAUUACUUUGGAGAAAGAAAAAUCCAUGCAUGUGGAGGACUCCAUUUUGACUAUCAGCUCCCAUAUAUACAAUAACAAUUAGAACUGAUAGAUCAGUGGUUCUGUGAUCAUCUCCUAAAAUACAGUGGGCAUUUAAACUGCCAUUAUAUCAAACUUACAAAGAAUCAUCAGGAAAAUUAGAGGGUUAAAAAAAUGAAAUUAGUUGAAUUUUUUUUGUGACCGUAGCAUUUAGCUUCAGCUAAUUACAUUUACUACAAUCUGUCAGUUAAAAACAUUAACAAAUUAACGACUUUAUGAAGCUAAAAAUGAUUAAUCACUUCCUCUUUUUUUAUGUGGAAUUCAUCAAUUUAUCUAACAACUUUUUAAGAGGAAACAUUUUUCUGCUGGUGUACUGUGUCAUUAAAGAUAGUUCCUUUAAUUAAAAAA